GAUGGCCCUAUAAUAUCCGUUGAGUUGGAAAGAGGUGUGCGCGGGUUUGGUUUCUCAAUUCGUGGUGGUCAAGAGUUUGGUGCAAUGCCUUUAUUCGUACUUCGUAUCGCUGAAGAUGGUCCUGCAGCGAUGGACGGACGAUUGAGGGUUGGAGACCAGUUAAUAUCGAUUAAUGGACGUGACACGAAAGGAUUAACCCAUGAAGAAGCAAUUCAACUCAUCAAACAACAUCCCACAGUCCGUCUUACCGUAAGACGCCAUAAACUCCCUUAA